AAAGUGAGGUAUGCACAGCAAAGGCAGACAUUGUCUUAGUAUUUGACGCUUCAAACAGUAUUGGAGUUGAAAACUUUCACAAGCAGUUCGACUUUGCCAAAAGAUUGGCCGCUCAUUUCAAGAUCGGGCCAAAUGAUGUACGAUUUGGUGGUGUUUUGUUCAGCAGAUAUGCCGAGGUACUUUUUAACCUCAAGGACAACGACAACAUUGAAGGAGUUAACAAUCUCAUUACCAGUGAUCAGUUGUUCAGUUCAGCCAAAGGAGGCAGAGCUAACGCUAAAGACGUUGUUGUUGUCUUCACUGACGGCGAUCCAGUUUCUUUGACUAAAG